CCCGCGCCUGCCGCCCGCCCGCGCCGCCGGGGCCAGCGGGAAGAUGGAUGGGCACGUCCUGGGCUGGAUCGUCCUCCUGUGGCUCGCAGCUGAGGUGGAAGGGUUGCAGGUCACCGUGCCUGAGAAGAAGAAGGUGGCCAUGUUGUUUCAGCCUGCUCUGCUUCGCUGCCAUUUCUCUACUUCUUCCACCCAACCAGCUGUGGUACAGUGGAGGUUUAAAUCCUACUGCCAGGACCGCAUGGGAGAAGCUUUGGGUAUGGCAACUUCUGGUUUACAAACAAUGAGCAAGAGGAACCUGGACUGGGAUCCCUACCUGGACUGUGUGGACAGCAGGAGGACAGUCCGUGUCGUGGCCUCCAAACAAGGAUCUGCCGUCACCAUAGGGGAUUUCUAUAAGGAAAGAGAUGUCAGCAUCGUCCACGAUGCAGACCUUCAGAUUGGGAAGUUGAUGUGGGGAGACAGCGGGCUCUAUUAUUGCCUUAUUAUCACGCCAGAUGAUGUGGAGGGCAAGAAUGAAGAAUCGGUGGAGCUGCUUGUGCUUGGCAGGACAGGGCUGCUUGCUGAUCUCUUGCCCAGUUUUGCUGUGGAGAUUAUGCCAGAGUGGGUCUUUGUGGGCCUGGUGAUCCUGGGAGCAUUCCUGUUCUUCCUCCUGGUGGGGAUCUGCUGGUGCCAGUGCUGCCCACACAGCUGCUGCUGUUACGUCCGCUGCCCCUGCUGUCCUGAGUCCUGCUGCUGUCCUCGGGCAUUGUAUGUAGCAGGCAAGGCAGCAAAAGCUGGGUACCCUCCUGCAGUCUCUUCCAUGCCAGGUCCAUACUACAUCCCCAGUGUUCCUGUGACUGGUGUCCCAUCUCCUGCUGUGUUGAUGGAUAAGUCUCACCCCCCUCCCUUAGCCCCAAGUGACUCCAGCGGAGCAAGCCAAAAUGCAGUGCGCAAAGGGUACAGAAUCCAGGCUGACAAGGAAAGGGACUCCAUGAAGGUGCUGUACUAUGUUGAGAAAGAACUGGCUCAGUUUGACCCAGCUAGAAGGAUGCGAGAACGAUAUAACAAUACCAUCUCUGAACUCAGCUCUUUGCACGAAGAGGACCUGAACUUCCGUCAGCCAUACCGCCAGGCACGAAGGAAGCCCCUGCCUCCCUCUGGGGACCUGGAUGGUGACUCCGAGUACUGGACUGGAGUGAUGGGCGGGGGCAGCACUUCAAGGUCACAGGCUGUCUCCGAUUACAGAGAUGAGCGGGACAGUUUCCGGCACAGCCAGCAGAGAUCCAAGUCUGAGAUGCUGUCCCGUAAGAGCUUCUCGGUGGGAGUGCCGGCCGUUUCUAUGGAUGAGCUGGCUGCUUUUGCUGAGUCGUACAGCCAGCGGGGCCGGCGGGCAGACAGCCAGGAGACACGGCGCUUCGAGCGGUCUGAGUCACACGGCGGCCGCAGCGGAGGGCUGCCCCACCAGGAGAGCUCCAUGGACGAGUACUACACCAAGCGCAGCAGGGGCAACCGGGAGCCACUGACGGACUCGGAGCGGGGCUGGUCAUACAGCCCACCCCGGCGGCGGGCCCAUGAGGAGAAGCACCUGCCCAGGCUGGUGAGCCGGACGCCCGGAGGGAGCCAGAAAUACGAUCACUCCUACCUCAGCAGCGUCCUGGAGAGGAAAUCCCGGAGCUAUGACGAGAGCGAUGACCAUUGCGAAACCCCCUCAAAGCUGAGCUCGCAGCCCAGCCAGAGAGGAGGGGGAACAUACUAUGCCUGGUCGCCACCAUCUACCUACAAAGCCGAGAAGUCGCAGCAGCAGUCUCAGCAGCUGCCGCCGUCACCUCAGCACGAGGAAGAGGAAGACACCCUGCCCCCGUACAGCGAGAGGGAGCUGAGCCGAGGCCCUUCUUAUAGGGCCAGGGAGCAGGCCUACCUCAAUGCCUCUGACAAGAAGAGGAAGAAAGACCCCAAGAAAACGAAUGAUUUCCCAACGAGGAUGUCCCUUGUGGUUUGAAGUUGUUUGUGGACAUGUUGAUGGGCUGGAUACCAUGAGGUGACUGCAGUGGAAAAGAUUGAGAGAAACAAGCAAGACAAGCCUCCAUGAACCUUCACAGCCAUCAACCAUGGAUUCUUGUUUUGAUUGUUUGUUUCAUUGGGGGAGCAGAGGCUUUCAAAAGAGAUAGACUUCCCAUGGGCAGUGGCUGGUCUCAGAAGCUCUGGGAGUCUGCCAGGAAAAUGAGGCCAGGGCUCUCUGGCACCGUGUUUUCUAGUGCCCUCCAUUCUGCACUGGGAAAUGGCCGCAUCCCUACUGUCCCUGCAGCCCUGAACUACAAGUGAGGCUGCCUUUGUGCCUCUUGCCCUGUCAACAUGCAGAGAGAGGCCCACGUGCAUACCUGUUGCUCCCUCUGUCUCCUCAGUUCUCUGUUUGGAUCAAAAUUGUCUCCAUACUUACAGUUGGAGCCUUUUCUGUGUCACCCCCAUGCUGGGUGGAGGCCUCGUUAGAGCUGCAGACAGCCUCCAGCUGAUCCGGCCAGAAAUCGUGAAAAAACAGCUACAUCCUGUCAGUCACUCUGGAAAAGGACUGGCGAGGUGUACUUUGGCAAGGGCUGAAUAGAGAGAGACAAUUAUAGGCUGGUUUGUUCAAUAUAUUUAGUUCUGUUCAUUGUGUGACGAGAGUUGCAGGUGAGAUUGAUGUAUUGUUUUGAAAGUGGAUCAAAGUAGCUUUUAUUGUGAUGAGAGCAUGAUGUGUUUCUUCCCCCACCCCAACUGUGAUUUGUUUCUGUGCAGUUGCAUUUCCUUGCAGCUGAGCUAUGACCCUGUAAGAUCUUCAAGUUAGAAUAUCUACUCCAUGGUAUCAUAAGCAGUAAUCUAGCCUUGCUGGUGCUCUGCUCUCAGCACCACCAGAUAUCUCUGCAGAGCAAGUGGCCUUUUUGUUUUAAAGCAGCAAAAAAAGAGGAAAGACUCAGUGAGAGGGAAGUUGCAGAUCUUCCUUCUCUGCUACUGAUAUUAUUCCUUUCCGGUCACUGUUCCCAGACACCGAACAGAGCAGUAACAGCAAUGGAAAAAUAAUUAACACUGUGGAUGAACACAAGCUUUGCAAGUCACCUUUUUUGCUUACAACCAUUUCCUUCCCUUCAGUUGUGACAUGGGGUUAGUGGCUGUUGUCUCAGGAACAGCUGAAUUAAGGAGUGCUUCUCACCAUUUGGAAGCCUGACAUUCUGGUUUUCAUAGGGUUCCCAAGAUCUUCCCUUUCACUCUUUUUAAAAAUGGGUAUGAUGCUUCUCUUUAUCCAGUCACCAGGGGCCUGACUGCCAAGACUUCAAACAGGGAGAGGAGCUUAGCAAGUACAUUUGCCAGCUCCGUGCCAACAACCUCUACUUCUACUUGUGUUACGGCUGGACAGACUAAAUCUUAAUUAUUUUUGUAUUUUCUCAUCUUUAACGUAUGUUCCUAGGAAAAUGGCAGAACAGUUAACCAGAGGUAGGCAGGUGGUUGUCAUUUGAGGUCUCCACAGCCUUGAGAAGUCCACGAAGCUACACUAUGUGCUAUUUUAAAUGGAACAUAUAAUCCCUGACCUAUGAAGAUAGUAGCAGCAAGAAAUGAUGUUUUCUUAAUCUGAAAAUCUGGUGAACCCAUGAAUUUCAAGGGAGUUUAGCCUGAUCACUUUUCCAUCAGACAUCCAGCAGACUCAGGAAACAUUUUAUAGAGAAAUUUAAACGUGCAUCUGCAACAAUGACUGUGUCAGAAAGGGGCCAAACCAGUGAUUUUACAGUCUCUGAGUAGCUACGUCUUUUAAAUCACACUGAAAGCCAGAGCAUCGCAACCUCCUCGUUUCAGUUACUGUCUUUCCCUUAUCUCAGUCACUGUAGUUUACUCAACCAAGCCCUCAGGAAUGAGUUGUGUGCAUUAAAAUACAAGCCCUCCCCUCAUUUAUUUGAAUUUUGUUUGCUUGAUGCUGGUACUUCAGGGCAUUUGUACACUAUGUGUAAGAAGCUGCCAUUUAUGUAUCUAGCUUAUAAAUGUAGUUGCAAGCUAAUUCUCUUAAGAAAACUAUUUUAAUUGUAGAAACAACGGGUCUGUAAGAGCUGUCCAACAUUUCUUUUGAAUCCAAGUACCUGGAAAAAUAUUGAAGAUUUUUUGACUGGCGAUUCCAUGUGCUUUACCAGAGGCUAAAAAUUUCAGCCUCAAAAAAGAAAAAGAGCAGGUCUUAAUUCCCUCAAGUAAGACCUCGGCAGCACCCAUCAGUUGGCUCCACCUUGCUCUGAAAUGUUAGAUUUCCUAUCUCCCUUUAUAAGUCUGAAGGAAUUUUCAGUUACUGACAGUGUCUUUCCUCAGGCCAUCUUUAUUUUUCCGAUUAGAAAUGUGUCUGUAGCAGCACCAAAUGGACCAAAUAAAAAAGUCGGGUGACGUAGCGCAGGGCUUCCAUCUCUAUAGCUACCCAGCCCCGAUGGCCUGUGACUUGUGCAACAGAGGGGAGCUGGAGGCCAGAGGCUGACGGAGAGGCUGAGAGGACACUUUUGUUUCAGAGGAGGAGUAGUGGUUUGUGUCUGUUCUCUCAGAACUCCUGCAGGAUGCUGGCACUGGAAAAUGACAAGCCUGAUUAGUAUGAGGUCUCAAAUGAUAAAUUCUCCAGUGAUCGAUUUUUAUUGCCGGCAUAAAAUUAAAGUCAUUUUCACACAAGAUACGGAUGUCUGGGUCACGUCAAGGGCAUGGACAGUUUUGUGGCUUUGAUGUGGAGCAUCAGAACAGUGACUUGCUAAAAAGACAACCAAGAUGAUGAGUGAAUCCUGUAAAAAAAAAAGUAAAAUGAGCCUUUAGAGCAACAGCAGGAUGAAGCAUCAGCGGUAGAUUUGGCUGUGCUGUCAAAAAUGUGGUCUUGGCUACUGAAAAAAAGUUUUGACAUAAUGGAAUGGGGAAAAUAAAUACCAGUGUAAGGACUUCUCAACAAUCCCAUUAUUCCUUUAAAGCAUAUUGUAAAAAUUCCAGGAGGGGUGUCUUCAAUGUGAAUAGUCUUAGACCACUUCGUUUCCACUAAAACGUAAAAUUAACAAAACUAGCACUGUGAAUACUUCAGAAUUUGGAGAAGCUGACUUGUAUCACCUGAGACAGCCGGCUAGAAUUAUUCAGGUCUUUGUGCUGGAACUGUAAGCAUACCAGCCUUUGUUACUGCUAUUAAGUGGCCAUCAGCAGUGUGCCCCAGGCCCAGCUCACCUUCCCCCAAAGGCAGCAUUGGAACCGCUGAGUUUCCCCCAGAGGGCCCUGCUCCUGCUCUGGUGUCUGGAUCCCGACAUAGCUCCCUGAAUUGUGGUUUUCAUUCUGGCUGGUGACUCUGGGUACCUGCUGCCUGUGGAGCAGCAGUUAUGCUGUUUCCUCACCUUUUCCAACCAGCAACCUUGAGGUGAGCGAUACCAAUUCACCUGUAAUGUAAGACAAACGGUUUUGCAAUCAACAAAGAAACUUUUACAUGCCCGUCCUCUCCAGAGUUACCUAAACGGGACAGAGAAAUCUGUGGGAGGGAGUAGCAAAGAAAAUAUUGGGUGCUGUAAGAUGAAACUGGCCUUUUACAGGCAGGAGAAAAGAGGUAUUUUCAGAGCACUUUUUGCUGGGAAUUUCAGGAAAGAGAACCACACACACAUGGCACUGCUGGGCCAUGACCAGCUUCCUCUGGUAACAGACUGAUCAGACAUCACACAGAAGAGCUUUGCUCGGCCAAGUUGCCAGCCUGCUCCUACAGUUCCAGGUCAUCUUGAGCAAAUAACUGCCAACUCUCCUCAUAAAGAGGACUAUAUCUCUUCUGAACCAGGGUUCUUCCCAAAGCAUCUGAAGAGAUGCUGGACUGUGUACAGCCUGUGGGCUGUACAAAUACAGAUCCCAGAGAAGGAGCAGUCACAAAACAUUUUAGAAGUCAAACGUUACCACAAACUGUUUCAGGUACGUAAGCACAGCAACGCAAAGUUUAUCAUGCCUGGGCUAUUCUGAAAAUAAUUUUAAUGCCACAGAGAUUGUUUUGCUAAGAAACCACUUGGAGCUACUUUCCUUUUUUCUCCAGAGAGCUUUUACACAAAGAUGUGGGUGAGGAUCUGUUCCUGUGCCACUAAGUACAGGAUUUGGGAUGGGUGGAAACAGAAGCUAAAGGAACUUUAGCUCAUUUCUUGAGUGGGUCCAGGAGCAAAGAGAUCUUUGGCAUAAGCCAGGUGAUGCAGGUCUGACCCUCUGACACAUCUCCAUCAGGCUAUACUGGCCACAGCUGCUUUCUACAACAGCUGUGCCAUUGAAACCUCCCUCAUUGUCACUUGGGGCUCCUAAAGCUCCUUUCCCAUUGCCUGGAAGAUUGGGGAAGAGAUGUGUUACGUUGUGUGAUGGGACAGUUAUCAUUUUGAUAUGAUCUUUAAAAUGCCAGCUGGAUUACCAGCAUUAGAAAGAAAAAAAGUCUCAAGAAUAAAGUGAGCUAGUACUGAAGGAACAAA